GGAGAGGCAAGAUGGCGGAGGCCGGGUAGCGCGACACAGGCACCACAGGCAGGGCUGUGCAGCUGUCAAUCACCGAGGGAGGACGGCAUCGGUUUACAUGACCUCAAACAUGAGCUCAACGAAGAUGUAGUACUGUAAUAACUGUAUCCAGUCCUCACUCCAGAUCAGGUGGUGGCAGUAAUCGUCCUUUGCAUCUUGAUCCUAUCCGGGUUGAAGCAAAGCCAAAGAAGAAGCGCAGCAUAAUCCGCGAGAGGACCAACCGGCGUAGGUGCAUCAUAUUAUGGUAAACAACGGGAGUUUACUCCACAGACCGUAUGACACACUUUCGAGGUCAGAUACGGGGUCCGCACUGGGGUCCUACAAUGGACAACAUGCUCAUAGAUUUCUGGCGCAGACAUGAAUGCCUCUUUAAUUCCUCGGUCGAUUCUUACUACGACAAGGAUUUGAAGACAAAGCUGUGGACCGAGUUCGCACUGUCCAUUGGAAAGCCCGUAUCUGAUGUUGAGAGAAGAUCAAGAUCACUUCGCACUCAGUAUGGGAGGGUACUGUGGCAUCCAGAGAGGGUCAGCACUGCCCAGCAAAAGAUGCUUAGGGAGAAACUUGAUUUCUUGAGGCCUUACAUUGUUCGCAGGCGAGGUGAUUCAUAUCUGGAGGAAAAGUUUGAAGAGGACGACGAGGAGCCGGAGACUGAAGGUAGUUUCGACCAGGAGAUGGGAAGCUCGUUUGGCAGCCCGCUGGAUUCUGAUGCGGCUGGGCAUGACCUGAAUGAUGAACACCAGGCUGUUACCACCACACCAAACCCUGCCCUUCUGCACUGUCCAAACCCACAGCCUCAAGUGACAGAAGUUGUCUCGUUGAGCUGUCCGCACCAUCACAACGACGAAGCUUCCGCUGAUCAGCCAGAGCAAAGAGCUGCACCGAACACGCCCAAACACUACAUACUGAACCAGUUUGCAGAGGUUAUGUUAGCUGACAUGCAGCAGAUCAAAGACCCUCUGGUGCUCAUGAGACUUCGCCGAGAUAUCACCGACCUGGUGUUCAGAGCGGUGGAAGAAGACGCGCAGAGACGAUCCAAUCAAGUGCUGACCGUGUCCACGUGGGGGGAGAACGCACAGGGCUGCUCCAGGCCUCAACAGUCAUGUUCGCAGGCGGACCUGUCGUGGAGGAAGAGGUUUUUGAAGAGAAAGAAUAAAGGGUUGGAGCUUGGGAGGAGGAUGCAGCGAUGGGAGGAGAUUAAGCACAACAGGAGAGUGUCCAGGGGUCAGUUACUGCAGCCCGUCCAGCAAGGCCAAGCACCAGAGGGGAUGACUGAGAACAACUCCCAGGUCAUUUUUCAGGCUUCUGAGAUCAAGAGAGAGACAGAGCCACACGUAGUCAAGAUUGAGGAGGAAGCACUUCCGCUGGCUUGAAACUUUAGAUAGAGUUUACUGAUUUUCCUCAGUACAAGUGAAACAGUUAGUAGGUGUAGGUUAGUAAGCUACUUAAGACCUGGAACACUUAAAUCCGUUAGUAGCAGUAAAAGAUAACAGUAGAAAUCAGAUACUAGCCUACCAAGUGUUAUUCAUAAUUACCCUUUUUGCCAUACAGAUGUCCUGACAUUUGUUCCUUGGUAGCACUUAGUUGCACUUUGUAGAUGGAUUCAGAUAUGGACCAUAUUGAAAUAGGCUAUUACCAGGAUGGUAUCAGAGGACUUAAUGACACUAAAUUGCAAUACCAAGAACCAUAUCUAACAGACUUUGUAUUUCUAGAUUGAAUCUAUGAGUCUAUGCCUUGCAAAAACCAUUCGCACUAAUUAAUACCUGGUCUGCGUUUACCUGUUAAACGUGGGAGUAAUUUCUGUCAGCCAGAGAUCUUGCAAGUGUGGUCAGAUUAUUGGACAAUUCUGAGCUUUAAAUACAAGGCAGUGGGCACUGUGUGCCCCAACUCAAAGCAAUGAGGCUAAAGGAUGUUUUGCUCUUAUUAAAGAGAAAAUGCUCAUUUUCAA